UCCCCGCAGUUCGCCCUGGAUACCCUAAUCUUCCCUCUCCUCCCCCUUCUUGCCCUCAGUAUACCAUGCGAGGCGAAAUAUGCAUCGGCUCUGCCUCCUUCCUCUCCUUCGCCGCGUUGCUCAUGUUGAUAUUCGUACAUGUUGGCCAAAUCAACACCUCCACCGUCCCGCGAGGCAUAUCCAUGGUCAACAUCAACAUGACUGGAUAUGGGCAAGGUCUUGCUGCUGCACUGGGUGACCCCAUUGGCGGGCUCUAUGCCACCAACGCUUCUGCUCCGUUGCAACAGAUGGAAGGCAUCCGCGACACUUACAAGUUCGGCUUGUACUCCUACUGCGGCUAUCUGAAUGGCUCGCAGGGCACUUGCUCCAACACCUCGGCCGCCAACAGGUUCGAGCCGUUCAGGGUCAUCACGGCCGACAUGCUCGGAAACUACACCGGUUUCACGACAGCGCUCAUCACCCAGGGCACCUUCAUCGACUCGAACUACUUGGGAGAUUUCACAAACGGCGCGUGGUACCUCAUCCUCAUCGGAACGGUUGCAGCAGCUCUUGCUUUGCUCACCGGUUUUCUUAAACACACUCUGUUCUUCCUGCUGUCAACCGCCUUCGCCGUGCUAGGCGCACUAUCGCUACUCAUCGGCGCGACAAUAUGGACGGUCAUCAUCAAGAAAGCCGAAGGCAUAAACAACUUCGUGGUCGGGUCUGCCGGUUCGCCCACCCCUCUGGGCAUCACCGUCUCGACAGGCGAUGCGCUGUUCCUGCUGUGGGCCUCGUGGGCAUGUCUGCUGGUGUCGUGCCUGCCAUACAUGAUCAGCUGCUGCACAUACCGCGGAUAAAUUUCCCAUUGACCGAUGCUGAGCAUCAUAGACUGCUAUUUGUUUACUCUACGACCCCACAUCCAC